AUUUGUGAUCGUGGUGCCUACUGUACCGUGGAGAAGCCAGUGGGAACCUUACACUGCAGAGCUCUCGUCCUGUCUUGGCCUGGCCCGGCCCGGCCCCGCGCUAUGGAGUUCCUUUGGGCCCCUCUCUUGGGUCUGUGCUGCAGUCUGGCCGCUGCGGACCGCCACAUCGUCUUCUGGAACAGUUCAAAUCCCAAGUUCCGAGAGGAGGACUACACUGUGCACGUGCAGCUGAAUGACUACCUAGACAUCAUCUGCCCACAUUAUGAGGACGACUCUGUGGCAGAUGCUGCCAUGGAGCGAUACACACUGUACAUGGUGGAACACCAGGAGUAUGUGGCGUGUGAGCCCCAGUCCAAGGACCAGGUCCGAUGGAAGUGCAACCAGCCCAGUGCCAAGCAUGGCCCAGAGAAGCUGUCUGAGAAAUUCCAGCGCUUCACACCUUUCACCUUGGGAAAGGAGUUCAAGGAAGGACACAGCUACUACUACAUCUCCAAACCUAUCUACCAUCAGGAAAACCAGUGCUUGAAGUUGAAGGUGACUGUCAAUGGCAAAAUCACUCAUAAUCCCCAGGCCCAUGCCAACCCACAGGAGAAGAGACUCCAAGCAGAUGACCCGGAAGUGCAAGUUUUGCAUAGCAUUGGUCACAGCGCCGCCCCCCGCCUUUUCCCAUUGGUUUGGGCAGUAUUGCUUCUACCACUGCUGCUGCUGCAAACUCAGUGAAGGUGUUUGCUUGCCCUGGCUUAUGGAUUGGAACGGGACUAAGGGGCAGGGAUAAGCACCCCAAAGCCCCAGCCCUGGGAACCCCUCCCACUACACGCACAAGAUGCCACCAUGAAGCCUCAGAAGGUUCAGUAUUAAGGGUUUUAACCGAAAGGAGUUCACCCAGCUGGACUGUGCCAUCCUACCUCCACUUCGGAGGGAUGGAGAAAGACGUGGAGAAGGUCCUUUCCCUGCGAUUUCUACCUUUAAGCCAAAGAAACAAGCUGUGCGAACCUGGCCCAUUAAGAGGGUUCAGUGGGAGAUGGGCUAAAAGAGCCUGAGGUCAUGCAGUUGGACACUGAACUUGAUAAAGAUGUCUUUCCCCAAGGAAGCCAUGAUGUGCAGAUGAACUGACCAAAGGAAAAGCUUGAGACAGCUUCCUGUGGGGGAGAGUCAGGUACAGGAGAGGCAGCUUGAGCUGACCCAGCAUCUCUGCAAGAUUUCCACCUGCUGGGUUGCCAGAGAGGUUUGUAGCCCGGCACUGACUGCAUCCUCCCCAUCCCUGGAGCAACAUUCCCUGGAGCUGUGCCAAUGGGAGGACUAAAGCAGCCUGGUUUUAGAGUGAAGAUAUAAGGGCAGUGCCCGUGUGUACAGUCUGUGGAGUUUAGCUAAACGGGCAGGGCCCACAUGUACAGUGUCUGUAUAUAAACGUGCUGUGUCUGCUCGUUUCUACAACUGCAGGUUUUUUUAUACAGUGUUCUUGGAUUCAUAAUAAAGUGAUGUUUUUGGUUUUUUACGGA